AUGAUGAACAAGCAUGAUGAAGAGAGGCGGCAAGAUCCCUCGAAACAAAAUCCAGCCAAUCAAGAUAAGCGCCAUUACGACCCGUUGGAGCUACUCGAUAUUGACUCUUGUGGUCUCAUGGAACUUGACUCGCUGGGUGAUAGCAAGUAUCUCAUGCCGAUCUCGGAUACGCAGUUUGGCACAUUGGUCAAGUUUGGUCGGCAUGGAACUUCGUUUGAGAUAAUUAUCGGGUUUCAGCUAAGUGCGGAUUCUUUGAUGUCGAGCGCAACGACUUAA